AUGACACCUAUCAAAGGUCCCGGAGCUGCCCAGACCCACGACGGUUCUGGACUCCGCGUGGCUAUUGUCCAUGCCAGAUGGAAUGAUGCCAUCAUCAAGGAGCUCGUGUCUGGUGCCAAGAAGAACUUGCUCGCCGCUGGCGUGACCGAGGACAACAUCACUGUCCAGACAGUUCCCGGCAGCUACGAACUACCCCUUGCAGUGCAGCGUAUCUACGCCGCCUCCCAACUCCAGGCCAACUCAGCCGGUGAGGGCAUCAGCGCUACUGACUUGCUGUCUUCCCCCACUACCGAAACCUCCGGAUCUGCCGCACCUGGAACCCCCAAGAAGCCCUUUGAUGCCAUAAUUGCCAUUGGUGUUCUCAUCAAGGGUGCUACAAUGCAUUUCGAAUACAUCGCCGACGCUGUCAGCCACGGAUUGAUGCGGGUUCAGCUUGACUCCGGUGUUCCCGUGAUCUUCGGAUUGCUGACCGUUCUGACCGAGGAACAAGGCAAAGAACGCGCAGGGAUGGUUGAGGGUUCUGGUGUACACAACCAUGGCGAAGAUUGGGGAAGCGCCGCUGUGGAAUUGGGUGUCAGACGAAGGGAGUGGGCUGAGGGCAAGAUCCUGUAA